UUCGAGACGUUUCGUAGUAGAAACGUGGUGUGGCAACAAAGUGCGCUGGUUUUCAACGUCAGUGCGGAACGUUUGUCGUGUGUUGAUCGGUGUUUCGAGGUUUAUUUUCGGUGAAGCUUAACGAACAAUGUCGAAUAACACAGAGAAAUUUGACGGCAUGCUGAUCGCUAUGGCCCAGCAACACGAAGGCGGCAUUCACGAGUUGUUGGACACGAUCUUCGGUUUCCUUGGGAGGAAAACAGACUUUUACGUCGGUGGCGGCGAGGGAGCUGCAGAGAAGCUUGUCCUUAGCACAUUCAAGAAACACGAGGCCACAGCAGUGUCAGCGGCUGCCAAAGAAAAGGCAGAACGCGCUGAGACAGAGAGAAGACGCAAAGAAAGACUGGAAAAGAAAAAGAAAGAGGAGGAGGCUGAACAAGAGAAAAUUAAUGCAGAGUCUAAGAUCGUUGAAUUGACUGAUGAACAAGCUGUCAAGUUACAAGAAGAAAUAGAUAAUAAGAAAUCAGAGAAAGAAGUACCUGCAGUUCCUGGGCCUAGCGGAGACAAUGCUGACAGUGAAAAGAAGGAGGAAAACCCCGAAGAGGAGGAAGAAGAAGAAGAUGAAAAGGAAAAGGGUAAACUCAAGCCUAACUUUGGAAACGGCGCAGACAUGCCAAACUACAGAUGGACUCAGACUCUUCAGGACCUAGAGAUCAAAAUACCGCUGAAAGUGGGGUUCUCGGUGAGGCCGAGGGACGUGACGGUCUCGAUCACGAAGAAACACCUGACCUGCGGCGUGAAGGGUCAGCCGGCGAUCAUCGACGGCGAUUUCCCGCACGAAGUCAAAGUCGAGGAGUCCACCUGGGUGAUCGAGGACGGGAAAAUGCUGCAGCUCAACCUGGAAAAGGUAAACAAAAUGCAAUGGUGGGCGCACGUGGUGACCACCGAUCCGGAAAUCAGCACGAAGAAAGUGAACCCGCAGCCUAGCAAGCUGUCCGAUCUCGAUGGCGAAACCAGAAGCCUCGUGGAGAAGAUGAUGUACGAUCAGAGACAAAAGCAGCUCGGACUGCCGACCUCCGAGGAGCAAAAGAAGCAGGAUGUCAUUAAGAAGUUCAUGGAGCAGCAUCCGGAGAUGGACUUCUCGAAGUGCAAAUUCAACUAUUGAGAGGAUUCGGUCGGGGGUUCAGCGGGUCGUUAUCAAUCGAUGGGAAGCGAACGCACCGACACGGCCGUGCCAGUGUCAGCCGGAUCCAGUGGAACUCUAUCUCGUUAAUUAUCACCUCGUGACGUCUCGACCUUCUCUGCACUUUCCUUUAUUUUUUAUACGUUGCGCUCCGCCGCGCCAGCCGCGGCGAGAGAUGGCACCACGAACUGAACUCAGAUUUCUUUACCGCUCGCUUGCCGAUUUGAUUCCCUUCGCCCCCAUUCCUCCGGCGCUCCCUCAGUUUGCCCCGAGCCGACGGUACCAAGGGACGAGAAGCGGUGUCGAGAGUUGCACAAAAUGUAUGUCACGGAUUUUUCACAUUAAGUUUUCGUAUAAUUGAAUAAAGAGUUUAGAGAGAAAUUAGUUACGGUAAUCGCGCCUUAUCGUUAAGGACUCCAUUGGUUGCGCCUAUACCAAUAUUGAAAAUAAAGUAUAUCUCUUUUCGUCAGUCUCUUUAUCUUACCGAGUCGCAUGAAACGCUCGCCGUUCGAUCGUAUACAAAGUGAUGAUCACGUGUUCAGAGAUAGAGGGUGAUAGGCUACGAGAAUUUUAACCCUAGAAUGACACGUGCACGAACGUUCGUCUACGAGUUCGAUGAAUAUCGAUUGGAAUAUCGUUGAUAAAUUUAGAAAACAUGGAACAGCGUGAUAUUUUAUCAAAUAUCUAUUGAAUCAUUUUUAAUGUCUUGCCGAGAAGCGUUGCAGCACCGUUCUAGGAUUAAAGGUCACGACGAUCGAUUUAAUUGCUACAAUUAAGUUUCUACAAUGAGUUAUCACACGAUUAAUUUACGGUGAUCGUUCCUUAAGCAGUUAAGAGUUCGUACGCAGUCUCCGAGUAGCAACACAGGGCACAAUCAUUAAGCUAAGUUAAGGCACACAAGUGUCCAAUACUGUCCGUCGUUUGUUGAUUAAAAAUAGUCGUUCUCCUUCAUCACUCGACUGAUCCAGCGAACGUAAUUCGACAGUCUCGCGUAUAUUCCGUAUUUCCCGCGUUUCCCGCAUCCCUCGCCGAAACUAGUGAUGCCGAAAAUGGUCCAAGGACGGUCGGGCCUUCUUGGGUCUCGACAGAGGAGCGGCCCACCGCUGUCGCCUGCGCAGGAGUCCAUCUUCCCGCGUCGAUAUCCGGCGCAGAACAUGUUGUCGGUGAUCCUGUAGUCGACGUAGACGUCUCGACAGGCUUCGGUGGACACUAUCGGUAUCUAAAACAAACGAAAAUCACAUUAAUCCUUUGUCAUCGGAAUUCUUCGAAGAUAGGAUCAGCAAAGACGAGUUAAGAUAAGUAAAUAUUAACACAUAUUCAGUCAGGAUUUUGUCAUCUUCCGAAAACUAACAUUCAGUAUAUUUCAUUU